AUGCGGCUGGCGUUGGAUUCGUACGAUGACCUGAAGACGGCACCUCCUCUGUAUGAUCACCCGGACCCUGCUACAAUCCAAGUCUUACUGUAUGUAACCAGUAUUGACGCUGUCAAUGAAGCCAGUAUGGACUUCACAGUGGGAAUCUUGCUCCAUCUACGCUGGGUGGACAAAAGAAUCUACCACGACAAGGCAAAACUCUACUUUGAAAACAAUAGAGUCGAGUCGCUCGACUUCGACUCAGAGAAUAUCAAAAAGAAGAAAGGAUCCUUUCAUGACAUAAUGACACACAACCAGAUGAUGCGCUUGUACAAGGAGGGGACAAUACUCUAUAUAUCAAGACUAUCGAUGACACUAAGCUGCCCCAUGGAUUUGAUGAACUACCCUUUCGACAAGCAGACGUGUUAUCUUCUCAUCAUGAGCUUUGGGUACUCGGACGCCGACCUAAUUCUGGAGUGGAUGAACACCACAGAGCCCUUCAGUGACGUCUUGGACGGACAACCAAUCGUCGUAGAUGAGAGCAUUGUCCUGCCUCAGUUUGAGGUGAAAGAUGUCAAGGCCAACACCUGUAACAAACGCUACCACCAGAAAUACGGAAACCACAGCUGCCUGCAGGCGGAGUUCCACAUGUCCAGGAAUAUCUGGUUCUACAUGGUGCAGAUGUACGUGCCCAGCAUCCUCAUCGUGAUGCUGUCCUGGAUCUCUUUCUGGCUGACCGUCAACUCCGUGCCCGGGCGUAUCUCCCUGGGACUCCUCACCGUACUCACCAUGACAACACAAAGCUCAAGUGUGAACGCCGCACUUCCCCGGGUGUCCUACACUAAAGCUAUCGAUGUCUGGAUGUCCACGUGUCUAGUGUUCGUGUUUGCCGCUCUGUUGGAGUUUGCCAUCGUCAACGUACUUAGCCGCAAGGACUCCAUCCGGGGCUUCUCUUUUAGGCACAUAUUUUCGGUCUCCAAAGAUUACGAGGGCGGAGACACUCCGGCAACAGAGAUGACUCUACCCCUGGACGGCUACCCGGAGGAAGUCCAGAAAAAGCGGAGGUUCGCCAAGAAAGGCAUUGUCUACGCCACAUACCUGGACAUCGUUUCUCGCAUCUUCUUUCCGGUCUGCUUUGGCAUUUUUAUGCUCACCUAUUGGCUCUAUUACGUCUAUAGAGAUUGA